AUGAUAAAGAACUUGACGUUGACGAUGAUAUUCGGUCUGAUUUUUAUAUUUCAAUGUCUGAGUGCAAAAGGAGCAAUGUCAGACAAUUUUGUGAAAGUGAGUAAUACUCUGUUCGAAAUAAACGGCGAACGUUACACAUAUCUAGGCACCAAUUUUUGGUAUGGUCUCAAUCUGGGCUCAGGUGGUCCUGGUGGCGAUAGAAAUCGAUUGAUUCGUGAGUUAGAUCGUUUAAAAUUAAUGGGUAUCAACAAUUUGAGAAUUCAGGCAGGCAGCGAAGGGCCGGAUACAGAACCUUAUCGAAUGCUUCCGUCAUUACAACGCUCUCCUGGUGACUACAAUGUAGAAGUACUGGAAGGACUCGAUUUUCUACUGAAUGAAAUGCGGAAACGGCAAAUGUAUGCCAUCAUGUGUUUGAAUAAUUUCUGGAAUUGGUCUGGUGGAAUGGCACAAUAUCUUGUAUGGAGUGGAGUUGUAACAACCAUUCCAUACCCGCCUCCUGCUAUAAAUGGCAACUGGUCACAGUAUCAACAGUUCACUUCUCAGUUCUAUUCAAACCAACGUGCUAUGGAAAUAUUUAACGCACAUAUUCGAUUCAUUGUAAAUCAUACAAAUACUUAUACAAAAGUUGUCUACAAGAAUGAUCCGACAAUAAUGGCGUGGGAACUAGCAAACGAACCAAGAGGUGGAAUCAAUAAGGAGGACUAUUUCAACUGGAUUAAUUCCACGUCAAUGCUGAUUAAAAAUUUAGAUCCCAAUCAUCUUGUCACCAUAGGCAGUGAAGGAGCUACAUCAUCACUCAGUUCAGGAACAAACUUUGAGCGAGACCACUCAUUUGUCUCCAUUGACUAUACGACAAUUCACAUCUGGGUGCAAAAUUGGGACAUAUAUAAGCCAAAUGAUGCGACAGAAACUUAUCCAAAAGCUAUUGAAUUUGCUCGAAAAUACAUUGAUGAUCAUGAGAAAAUCGCUAAGAAUCUGAACAAACCUCUGGUAUUAGAAGAAUUUGGCAUAUCUCGAGAUCAAAAUAGUCACGAUCCUCAAUCAACAACGACGAUCCGUGAUAAAUAUUAUACCGAGAUAUUCGAUUACGUGUAUAGUAAAGCGGUCAACGGUGGAAUAGUUGCGGGAUGUAAUUUCUGGGCAUGGGCAGGAGAAGGACGACCACGGAUCAACGAAGGUUUGUGGAAGUUAAACGACAGUUUUAUAGGCGAUCCACCGCAUGAGACACAGGGUUGGUACUCUGUGUAUGAUACCGAUUUAUACACUCGCGAAAUUAUCGAGAAAUAUGCCACAAAAAUGAAUGGAGUAGGAUUGAUUUAUGAUGGCCCACGUCAAACUUUGCUGAUUGCCAUAUACACAAUGUUGAGUCUGUUGGUGAAAAUAAUAUGA